AGCAGCAACAAAAGCAAUUGCUGCAGCAGCAACAAAUAAUAAUAAAAAAAAAAGAUUUUAAAAUGCCGCUGGCGUGAAAGUCACAACUGCAUUAUUUAUGAUUAUGAAUUAACAAACAAACAAGCGCGAGCAAGCAAGCAAACAACAACAAUACACAUCAACAACAAUACAAUCAUAAUAAUAAACAUAAUAAUACCAAUUGCAAUUUCAACAAAAUCAACAGCCGCAACGGCUUCAUUAACUUAACAGCGCAGCGACCGCGCAGCCAAGUUCAGUUCGAAGCGCAGGCGCCGCUUUUCACGCGAGUUGGCAGCACGCCAACGCCAAAGCUCACUCAAAUUUACCGUUUAGCGACGCCGUUCUCUGCGCUUCGCUAAGCCCAACCAGAGCCCAAGCUCAAACUUCAAACACCUCCAAUUAACCAAAGAACAGGCUUCAAAGUGGAUUUAACAAACUAUAAUAAAAUGCUGCAAUCCAGCAAUCAUCACUAUCUGAGGCCGGAUUAUAUGACAGCAGCCGCAGCACCAACAGCGCUGGAUAAUAAAAGCAGCCCGUUGGCGCUAUUGGCGCAAACAUGCAGCGCCAUUGGCGCGGACACCACAAAUCCCAAAUUGCUGGCGGCCAACAUUGAAAAGUCCACAAAGCAGCAGCAGCAGUCACAGCAGCAACAGCAGCAAUCCAAAGGCGGUGGCAGCAGCCUGGGCAACGGUUUGGGUCUGCUGGACAGCACACGCGAUAAAUCCUCGCCGGUUAGCAGUCAUUCAUCCAGCGUUAGCACCGGCUCGGUGGAGCAACAGCAGCUGCCGCCGGCCCACAGCAAAACCCCGAGCACCUUCAAGCCCUACGAGGCCAACAAUAACGAUUGCGGCGCUACAAAUCUCACCAGUCACAGCAGCAACCACAACAACAGCAACAGCAACAGUGGCGGCAACCAGCGCGUCAAGACGCCCAAGGCAACUUCGAAUGGGCAACAGCAGCGCUGCGAUUCCAACCAAAGUGCCAGCAGCUCACAGCGCGAAUCGCCAACAACAACAACAGCAGCAACAGCUGCUGCUGCUGCUGCGCCACUGCGACGCACACCCACUGCAAACGACCCCCGGCUUAAUGGCAGCCCCAUGCCCAUGCCCCAACGCAGCAAUUCCAAAGAGUCCGCAUCGCUGCACAGCCCCAACCAGAAUCAGAAUCAGAGCCAGACCCAAGCCCAAGCCCAAGCCCAAAGCCAGAGCCAGAGUCGUCUGCAGGAGGCGGCCUUUGCCGCCGCCGCCAAGGAGGCAAACUAUGUGAAGGCGCUGCAUGCGGCGGCUGCCAGCCAGCAGGCCUCCUCGGCUGGCUCCUAUUAUCCACCAGGCUAUGGCUCACCCUACCCCAUGGAUCUGAUGACAGCGAGUUCGUUGAUGUCGCCGCAUCAUGCGAUGUUCAAGGCAUCCGCAAUGAAUCCGUAUCUGAACUACGCGCGGCUGAAGGGACUGACGGAUCCGGCCAGCAUGAUGGCCGCCUCCGCUCCGAAUGUCUGCAGGGAUCCCUACUGCACCGGCUGUCCGGCGAGUCCGCAUUACAUCAACAAGGCGGCGGGUCAGCCCUGUCCGGCGGGCUGUCCGCAGUGCGAGGGCGGCAAGUCGAGUGGAGCGGGCGGCUCCGGUGGCAGCAGCGCAGCAGCUGCCGCCGCCGCUGCUGCUGCGAAUUCAUAUCACGCUCAGCUGGCGGCACUGGCGGCGGCUUCGCAGCUGCCCUAUGUGUGCUCCUGGAUAGGCAGCGAUGCCGCGUACUGUGGCAAGCGCUUCGGCACCUCCGACGAUCUCUUCCAGCAUCUGCGCACGCACACAGCCUCGGUGCCGGAUGCGGUGCUGAGUGCGGCAGCGGCGGGCGGCAUUCCGCCGAAUCAUCCUCUGUUCCAGCGCACGUAUCCGACGCCGCCGCUCAGUCCGCUGUCGGCGGCAGCGCGCUAUCAUCCGUAUGGGAAGCCCUCGAUGCUGCCGCCAUCACUGGGGCCUCCCGGCAUGCCCGGACUGCCGCCGCAUCCAGCGCUGGCCCAGUACUUUGCACCCUACUCGCUUUAUGGGCCGCGCAUGGGCUCCUCGCAUCCGUAGUAGUAAUAGAUGUGGGCGGGACUCGACUCACGCGUCCAACGUGAAACGCUAGUGAUCUAAUGUACUAUAGCUACAUACAAAAAAAAAACCUUUAAUGGAUAAAUCUGGAAAUCUUAGCUUUAGGUUGAGAAGGAAUUCUAAAGUCUUGUGUGUGUGUUUUUCGAAAAACAAACCCCAUUAAUAAAUACAUGCUUAUGAUAAUUUGUAAUAUUAUUUAUUAAAAGUUGUAGAAGCAGCGAGUAAGCGUAACGAGUAAAGAGUAAAGAUUGUCCAAAAACUAAAAGUUGUAAAAAAAAUUAUGUAAAUUAUAUUUAAAUGUAAUUACGAGCGCUAUUU